CGGAGAGCGCUGCCGGGCGCCGAGCAGAGCGCCAGCCGCCGACAGAAAGCCGCGGCGCCCGGCCCGGGGGCGACCGGCCCGUAGCGCCCCCGGGUCUGUCCCCGGGGCGCCAUGGCCCCACCGAGGCCAGGCGCACCCGCGGGGCCUCGGGCGCGUCGGCUAGCGCGCCGCUGAGCAGGGGGAAGCUUGGAGAGGCCGGGGUCCCCCGGGGCGCAGGAGGGGGCCGGCGCCAUGGAGCCCCCGGCCGCCCCCUCGGAGAGGAGCCUGUCUCUGUCUCUGCCCGGGCCCCGGGAGGGCCAGGCCACCCUGAAGCCGCCCCCCCAGCACCUGUGGCGGCAGCCGCGGACCCCCAUUCGUAUCCAGCAGCGCGGCUACUCCGACAGCGCGGAGCGCGCAGAGCCCGCACGGUCCCCACACCGGCCCAUAGAGCGUGCCGACGCCGUGGACACCGGCGACCGGCCCGGCCUGCGCACUUCCCGCAUGUCCUGGCCCUCGUCCUUCCACGGUACCGGCACCGGCAGCGGCGGCGCGAGCGGAGGCAGCUGCAGGCGCUUCGAGGCAGAGAAUGGGCCCACGCCAUCUCCUGGCCGCAGCCCCCUGGACUCGCAGGCGAGCCCGGGCCUCGUGCUGCAUGCUGGGGCCGCUGCCAGCCAGCGCCGGGAGUCCUUCCUGUACCGUUCAGACAGCGACUACGACAUGUCCCCCAAAACUAUGUCCCGGAACUCGUCGGUCACCAGCGAGGCGCAUGCUGAGGACCUCAUUGUGACACCUUUCGCCCAGGUGCUGGCCAGUCUCCGGGGUGUUCGCAGCAACUUCUCACUCCUGACCAAUGUGCCCAUUCCCAGCAACAGACGGUCCCCGUUGGGCGGCCCAACCCCCGUCUGCAAGGCCACGCUGUCAGAAGAGACAUGUCAGCAAUUGGCCCGGGAGACACUGGAGGAGCUGGACUGGUGUCUCGAACAGCUGGAGACCAUGCAGACCUACCGCUCCGUGAGCGAGAUGGCUUCCCACAAGUUCAAGAGGAUGUUAAACCGUGAACUCACACACCUGUCAGAGAUGAGCAGGUCAGGAAACCAGGUCUCUGAGUACAUCUCUACCACAUUCCUGGACAAGCAGAAUGAAGUGGAGAUUCCAUCACCCACAAUGAAGGAUCGAGAAAAACAGUCAGCCCCACGGCAGAGACCCUCCCAGCAGCCCCCGCCCCCUGGGCCGCAAUUCCAGCCCAUGUCUCAGAUCACAGGGGUGAAGAAGCUGAUGCACAGCAGCAGCCUGAAUGAUUCCAGCAUCCCCCGCUUUGGGGUGAAGACCGACCAAGAGGAGCUCCUGGCCCAAGAACUGGAGAACCUGAACAAGUGGGGUCUGAACAUCUUUUGCGUGUCAGAAUACGCCGGAGGCCGUUCCCUCAGCUGCAUCAUGUACACGAUAUUUCAGGAGCGGGACCUGCUGAAGAAGUUCCGCAUCCCGGUGGACACCAUGGUGACUUAUAUGCUGACCCUGGAGGACCACUACCACCCCGACGUGGCCUACCACAACAGCCUGCACGCGGCUGACGUGCUGCAGUCCACGCAUGUGCUGUUGGCCACACCCGCGCUCGAUGCUGUGUUCACGGACCUGGAGAUUCUUGCCGCCCUCUUCGCGGCUGCCAUUCAUGACGUGGACCACCCUGGGGUCUCCAACCAGUUCCUGAUCAACACCAAUUCGGAGCUGGCGCUCAUGUACAACGACGAGUCCGUGCUGGAGAACCACCACCUGGCCGUGGGCUUCAAGCUGCUGCAGGAAGACAACUGCGACAUCUUCCAGAACCUCAGCAAGCGCCAGCGGCAGAGCCUGCGCAAGAUGGUCAUCGACAUGGUGGGCGGGGCCGGAGCGGGGACCCGGCUGGAAAGGUCGCCUGUGCUGGCCACGGACAUGUCCAAACACAUGACCCUCCUGGCAGACCUGAAGACCAUGGUGGAGACCAAGAAAGUGACCAGCUCGGGGGUCCUCCUGCUGGACAACUACUCCGACCGCAUCCAGGUCCUUCGGAACAUGGUGCACUGUGCGGACCUCAGCAACCCCACCAAACCCUUGGAACUGUACCGCCAGUGGACCGACCGCAUCAUGGCCGAGUUCUUCCAGCAGGGCGACCGGGAGCGGGAGCGGGGCAUGGAGAUCAGCCCCAUGUGCGACAAGCACACGGCCUCGGUGGAGAAGUCUCAGGUGGGUUUCAUCGACUAUAUUGUACACCCGCUGUGGGAGACGUGGGCUGACCUGGUCCACCCAGAUGCGCAGGAGAUCCUGGACACGUUGGAGGACAACCGGGACUGGUACUACAGUGCCAUCCGGCAGAGCCCUUCACCACCGCCUGAGGAGGACCCCAGAGGGCCAGGCCACCCACCCCCACCGGAUAAGUUCCAGUUUGAGCUGACGCUGGAGGAAGAGGAGGAGGAGGAGGUGUCUACUUCCCUAGGUGCAUUUGAAGUGCGGGACUUGUCCCUGGCUCAGGAUCCAUCCCCAGCUGAGGAACUAUGGGAGGUGGAUGGCCAGGCUAUGGCCGCAGAGGUGAAGGUAAAGGAACCGUGCUUCACACAGCAAGGCGACUCAGCAGAUAGUGUGGCUGCGGGCGAGGACGAGUCCAUGUCCCCAGAUGCAUCCGUGGAAGCUGGGGGCCGCAGCAGACCCCUGGCCCUGUCUGCUGAGAGUCCCCCUCUGCCUGCCUUGAGGACCCUGCCCCCUCCAGAGGAAGCCCCGGGCCUCCUGGGCCUCCCCUCCAUGGCGGCCGAGGUGGGGGCCCAAAAAGAGCAUCAGGCUGCCAAGAGGGCGUGCAGUGCCUGCACAGGAACAUCUGGCGAGGACCCCCCCCCACUCCCAGCUCCUGGUGGGUGGGGGUCGGCUGGAGGUCCUACCUGAGCCCUGGCUCCUCCACCCUGUUGCUCUCCCCGCCUCCCUCCACCACCAUCACCCCCCGACCACCUCCUCCACUGCCUCAAAGACUCUUGGGCCUCCUGAGAAAAAAGAAAACAGAAAAGUGGGGUUUUUUCUCUUUUCUUUUUUUCCUCUUUCCCCCCACCCCCACCCACGGGGCCUCUUUUUGGAGGUGGGGGCUGGGGAACAAGGGGCGGAGGUCCCGGAAGGGAUUUUAUUUUUGGAAUUUUAAUUGUUACAUUUUUAGAAAAAGAAAAAAAAAAAAAAAAAACAGGAUAAAACACAGCCACUGUAGACGCUCCUGUUCCGGACUAAACCCCUUGUGUCCCUCCCCAGCCGCCUCCCCCGCCCCAGGUCCCAGGCUCAGUCUUCCAGCCUCCUAGGGCUCCCCCCGUGGGCCCAAGCAGGCAUCGCGCCUCCCUCCCUCCCUCCCUCCCUCCAGGCUUUCCCUCUGAAUUUUGGAGGGUCUCUGGAACCUAACCAGGAAUAGCCAUUCUGGGCGGGGGCUCUGGGGGGCUGUCACCAGGGGAGGCCCCAGCUCCAGCCCCUCUCUGGCUCACUGCCCACCACCCCCACCCCCAGAAGUCUUCCGCCUCAUUUUGCACAAACCUGGCAAUACUAACUUGGGGGACAGGGACAGGGACGGGGACAGGGGAGCUGUGCGCUUUCAGAUGUAGCAGAGGGAAGGUGUUGGAGGGAUAUUCACACCACUAACCUGGGGUCUGAGGUUCGAGGAGGGCCUGAUCCCCCCUCCGCUUGCCAUCCCCUUGCCCUUCCACUUUGGGUUCUGUUUGAAUUUUCUCCAUUUAGGGGGGAGAUGGCUCUGAACCACACCCCUCCUUCCAGCUGCUUCUCCUCUUGUUUCUGCCUUAAUGAUCCCCACGGCCAUAGGAGAGGGGUUUGCAGUGGUUCCCACCUGCACCUUGGGUGGGGUGGGACCAGGCCCAGAGCCCCCAUCCUGGGCACCUCCCCCGCCCCAGCAUCCUCCUGACCCCCUUCAUGACCCUUUGCCCUAGGAGGAAGCAAUAACAGUGUACUCCCACACCCCCUUUCUGGGCAGCCCUUUCCCACCCUGGCACCAACCAAAGUCAUUUCUCCUUUGCCCCCACUUGGCCACGCCUCCCCUUCACCCCUUAGCUAUUCCUGGAGCAAUACGACAGACAGAUGCAAGGCCCUUUUUCUCCAAGCCAUGGGGGACUGUUUGGAAGGAAAGACCCCCCCCCCCUCCCGCUCCGUUAUGCCCUUGGGCCCAGUUCUGCAGCUGGGCAAGGCAGGGCCUCUCUCUCAUUCCCCCACCCCCAAUUCUGAGCACACGGUACUGUAGCCCCCAGCUGCCCGCAGCCUUCCAUCUGUCUGUCCAUCCCUGUGGGGAGUACCUCCCACUCCCACCCUCAUGAUGCUGUACAGGGUUCAUUUUUGUAGCGACAUUAGUUUCUGUCCCAGCCAGUGACUGGAGUGGGACUUCUUUUUGGUUUUCUUUCUUUUCUUUCUUUCUCUCUCUCUCUUUUUUUUUUUUUUUUUUUUUGUACAUAUUGUAUGGUUGGUUUGUAAAUUAUUCUACAGAGGCAAAAAGGGAAAAUAAACUUGCCCUUCCCCAGCAGACCCAGUCAGGGGAAGGAGGGGUGGGGUCUCCCAGAGAGAGAGUCCCCAUUCCCACUGUAUUAUACAAACUGUACCAUAGACCCCGAAAGGGUGGAUUCCGCGCUGCCGCUUGAUGGGAAGUCGUGUCAUUGUAAGGGGCGAGGGCUGAGCAGAGCCUACCCCUUCCCCCUUACCCAGGUGUGACUGGUGAGUUGGAACCCCACCCCCAAUCAGGGCUCCUCUCCCAGGGGGGGCACAGGACCCCCCCUGAGCUGCUCUUGUGUUGUCCAUUUCGACGAUCAAUCAGUCGGUCCGUUGGUCGAUAAUCAAUCCUUCGAUCUUGUCUCCAAUUAAAUCGAGGCUUUCACUGAU